AUGGAUGUUGUCAUAUAUGUAUUUAUAACUUCUGAUAACAAUCUAGACAAAGAAGAAUUACUUGAGUCUGAAGUAUCUGAAAAAUCUGACUUUACCCAUGGAAGAAAUUGUAUUCUUCAAUUAACUGACGGUGAAAUGCUUUUAAAAUGGAAAGAUGACGAAAUAAUAGAAUGUUUUGUUUCAAGCCAUUCAUUUGGAUGGUGGUUCAGAGAAAAAGGGAAAGGAGGACCGAUUAUAUACUUGUACUUCGAUAAUAAACCAAAUUUGAGAAAGGCAGAAAAUUGGAUUAAAACUAAUUAUCCAAGUAUAAGUAUUUGGGAAGUAGUAAUAGCAGAUAUAAAAAGAAAAAGUUGGACAUGA